GGCUGCGCCCGGCGUGCUAACAAGGCCGCACGGCGAUGAGCACGCAGUCUCGGCCACGGGGACGCGGGGGACGACGGAAGUUUGAUUUCCACACCGCCUCCGAUAACCUUCGCCCGCCGAUUAGCACUUGUGCCGCAUCCAGAAGAGGACACCGCCACCGCGCCACGGAGGGGGGCCCGCGUUCAACCGGCUGUUAUCCACGAUCCAUCUCGGUGACCAACGACCCCAGUUCCAAUAGGACAGAUAGGUUGCAGUUAUGGACUCCGGUGUGAUUGAAGGAGGGCUCAAUGUCACCCUUACCAUUCGGCUGCUCAUGCACGGCAAGGAAGUUGGAAGUAUUAUUGGAAAGAAAGGUGAAUCAGUGAAGAAGAUGAGAGAAGAGAGUGGAGCUCGCAUCAACAUCUCUGAGGGAAAUUGUCCUGAGAGGAUCAUUACAUUGGCGGGUCCAACCACGGCCAUCUUUAAAGCAUUCUCUAUGAUCAUUGAAAAGCUGGAAGAGGACAUAAGCAGCUCAAUGACAAACAGCACAGCUACCAGCAAGCCCCCAGUCACCCUACGCAUUGUGGUGCCUGCUAGCCAAUGUGGCUCCCUCAUCGGGAAAGGUGGCUGCAAAAUCAAGGAAAUUCGAGAGUCAACCGGCGCUCAGGUACAAGUGGCAGGAGACAUGCUCCCCAACUCGACGGAGCGUGCAAUCACCAUCGCUGGCACUCCCCAGUCGAUAAUUGAGUGUGUGAAGCAGAUCUGUGUGGUCAUGCUUGAGUCUCCCCCUAAGGGGGUCACUAUCCCCUACCGACCCAAGCCUUCAGGAUCGCCCGUCAUCUUUGCAGGCGGACAGGCAUAUGCUGUACAAGGACAGCACGCGAUUCCACAGCCAGAUUCUUCCUCUGCUGCUAUCUCUCCACAGCUCACCAAGCUACACCAGCUGGCUAUGCAGCAGAGCCCCUUCCCCAUCGCACCAAGCAACCAGGGAUUCACUGGGAUAGAUGCUUCUGCCCAAACCAGUUCCCAUGAGAUGACCAUUCCAAAUGAUCUUAUUGGGUGCAUCAUCGGCCGCCAAGGAUCCAAGAUCAAUGAGAUCAGGCAAAUGUCAGGCGCCCAGAUCAAGAUUGCAAAUCCAGUGGACGGAUCGACCGACCGCCAGGUCACCAUCACAGGCUCACCUGCCAGCAUCAGUCUGGCGGAGUACCUAAUCAACGCCAGUGUAGAGUCCUCUAAACCUCCUCCCUCCUCCUCCUCCAACCCCGAACAGACCAGCCUGUGCCCUCCCUCCACCUCUACUACUGCUACCACUUCUACUACUACUACUACCACCACCUCCUCUGCUGCACCCUCCUCCUUCUCUUCCUCCUCCUCCUCUUCCUCCUGUGUGGUGCCCCCCUCAGCCUCCAUCCCACUGUCCUUGUUGGCUCCAGGGCCGCCUCCUCCCUCCUCUUCCUCCUCCUCCUCCUCCUCCACUGAUUCCCUGCUCCCCAGCUCUCCUGCCUGUGUGUCGAGUCUCCUCAGUCUCAAGCCCCUCCCUCUCCUGGCCCUCCAUGUUGUCAGCGGGGCCAGUAACUCCGCACACCCAAUCCCCACUGAGCCAAAAAUCGCCCCAGAGCUCAGCUCCAAGUCUAAACGGCGAAGGCUCUCACCUUACUAACGAAGGAAACAUAUGUCAUCUACUACUCACGUACUGACAAUGCUCGUUGUUGUCCGUACCUGCACUUGCUUUUGUAUCUGGCCGUGCCACGCCAUGCUUACAACAGAAAACUAAUGCACACAAACAAGUGAUACACAGCCAGAAAUGGUGGUUGCUGCCAUAUUUAUAAAAUAGAUAUCUGUAGCUUGAUUUGGCCUGUCUCUUAAAGGAAUGACAUGUUGAGUGCAUUAUAUUUUUAAAUGACUUUGAACUUAGCAUGGACGGUGAAUGAUUUCACUGAUUUACUGAAGCAUUUCUCUCUCUUGUGUAAGCUCUGCUCAGGUAGCGGCUCUUUAAGAUGUCAAAUUGUAUUUAUGGGUAUAGUUUCUCUUGUAGUGUAUUUUAAGUGACUAAUGUAAGCUGUUAAAAUUGAAAAGUAUCUGUAAUCACUUUUUUUCUUCUCACGUAAAAAAGCUAUUGUGAUUUCAACUCCAACUAAAUCUGCCCCUCAGGUAUCAAAGGCACCGAGUCAUCCUUUGAGAUUGUGUUGUCGAUAUGAAAUACACCAAUUAGCUUUGGCUAAAAGGAGAAGUUUGACAUUUUGUGAAAUGUCUUUUCUUGCUUGGAAGAAAAUAAGUGUCUUUUUUAAUGUCUAUACAAUAAGUAUGUAGCUGGAGCUAGAAGGCUGUAUGUGAGAAGGCAAACGUCCGCAGAUGUUGCAGCGAAUGUUUUCCGGAACCUUGCCUGCUAGACCCCCUAGUAAAAUUUUAGGAAAAUGUCAGAGUGAGCCCAUGUGAGAAUAUAGCAGUUUAAUCUCCGCAAGAUUCACGGCGUGCGAGUUGGCGCUUUACCCAGUCUCAACCCCUCGCCUGAAAGUUCAGGGAAAUUUCCCUGCUGUUGUGAACACGUCUGACUCGGGCAAUCUCCUGCAGCGUUGUUCAUACGUGAAAAAAAGAAAUGUCCAUAAAAUUGGGUGCAGACAUUUUCUGGAGUUUGCCUUUUUCAUUCAUGUUGGUAAACAGGGAUUGGCAACAGGAACCCGCAAACUGGACGCAGAAUGAUCUUUUUCUAUAUCUGAGCAUAAAUGUCAAAGCUGCAAAUCCAGCUGAUCUCCCUAUACAGAAUUUUAUUAUAACAAUGUAAUGUACAGUUGAUAUUUAUCCUGUCUGUCUGAUUGCAUGCCUUAUUCUCUCUCCCUCCCUGGUCUCUGGAUGUCUCUCUGUCUGUCUCUCCAGGCUUUCCUCUGAGGCCACAGGACUGGCGGCCAACU